AUGGAAUCUCUUUUUCUUCAAUAUAGGGUUGAUUUGAAGACUCAGAAGCGUCUCGCCGCGUCCGUUAUGGGCUGCGGUAAGCGCAAGAUCUGGCUUGACCCCAAUGAGAUGAGCGAAAUCAGCAAUGCCAACUCUCGUCAAACCAUCCGCAAGCUCGUCGCCGACGGCCUCAUCAUCAAGAAGCCAGUGACUAUGCACUCCCGCAGCCGAACCCGUGCUUUGGCCGAUGCCCGUCGCAAGGGUAGACAUAUGGGUUUCGGUAAGAGGAAGGGUACCGCAGACGCCAGAAUGCCUAGCCAGGUUCUGUGGAUGCGUCGUCUCCGAGUCCUCCGCCGCUUGCUCGUCAAGUACCGUGCCUCCGGAAAGAUUGAUAAGCACCUUUACCACGAGCUCUACCAUUUGAGCAAGGGUAACACCUUCAAGCACAAGCGUGCUCUCGUUGAGCAUAUCCACAAGGCUAAGGCUGAGAAGGCUCGUGAGCGCCAGAUCAAGGAGGAGAUGGAUGCCAAGCGUGCGAAGACCAAGGCUGCCAGGGAAAGGAGACAGGCCCGUGUACAGGAGAAGAGAAACGCCCUUGUCGCAGAUACUCCAGCCGAGUAA